AUGGACCAUCUCCGUGAUUCUCUUCUGAGCUCUCUGCCGAGAGACACACCAUCUACCGCAACCAUCGACCAUGCUCGCAGAGACCAGGAAGGUACACGCCAGUCUAUCGCUCGGGGCGAAUUUAGGGGGGUUCGAGACAUGGCCUUCAGUAACCGGACCUGGGUCGUUACCAGCCGAUACUGCGAUAUUGGAGACGGUGUAGACUCCCUCGAAGGCCACAUCCAUUCCCUGUGGCAUAUGUACUACGAGCUGGGCCGAACAAUCUCGUGCGAAUCGCCUGAACAUGAGGGAAUAGUCCUCGAUAUCCUCCGCAUUCAAGGAAUGGGCCCUUUGAUCAGACCCGCACGCGGAGGUCAUGGGAUUGAUAUCGCAAGAACCGUUGACGGGACACUGUGGAACGACCUCCCCUUCUUUGUUGGUGAUAUGACCGAUUUCUGGAUCAAUCACGGUGCCUCGAUGUCGGGAACACACCGUCUGAACUUUGCAACAUUCCUGGCGAAGCUUGCAUCCGCUCGUGUUGCUAAGGAUAGACUGUGCCAAGUUACCCUUCUGAUCUUCCGCACUCUCUUUGAAAAUCCUCAAGUACUUCGCAGUGGGGAAGAGUCAGACGAGGAAGACCUCAACCGAAGCACCAAGCAGCUUGAGGUCUUUCAUCUGUUACCAGCUGCCGUUGCUUGGCUGGGAAUAGCAAGCCAUAACCUGCUUUUGCUAUCAGAAGUGUAUUGGAACGACUGCCCUAGCCACAUCAGCAAAGGUGGUGAGGAGUUCCGUCAAUCGGAAGUGGGACAGCGAUCACCUGCUGGAUUCUCCCCAUGGAGAUAUUUGUUCUGGCUGAAGCGGCUUCAUGAGAUCCAGGAAGAAGCUGACGAGGCCCAUGAGAAAGCUCUGGAGGGCCUUGCCACUGAUGGCAUCCAGUACAUGGUCAACACGAUCAAACAAAGGAAUUCUGAGAUUCUCACAGCUUACAAGAAUGGUGGUGAUGUCCUGCAUCAGGAUAAGUAUCUUUCCUGCCUCAAGCCCCUAGCACUCGUGGAGGAGCUAGAGGCGUAA